UCCUCAGACUGACGAUGGCUGAAGCCCAGCUGUGUGAAUUACAGGAUGAGUUCACCUGCUCGGUGUGUCUGGACACUCUGACUGACCCCGUCUCGAUCCCCUGUGGACAUAAUUUCUGCCUGAAGUGCCUCACGGAGGGCUGGGAUCAGAGCCAAGAGACCAGCUGUCCUCAAUGUAGAGAGAAAUUCACCACGAGGCCUGCUCUGCGAAGAAAUAAUCUGCUGAAUGAAGUCAUCAAGAAAUUAAAGAAGACGACACUCAGUUCUCCUCCUCCUCAGAAUUAUGCUGGCCCUGGAGACGUGGAGUGUGACUUCUGUACUGGUAAGAAGUUCAGAGCAGUGAAGUCCUGUCUCACCUGCCCAGCCUCCUACUGUCAGACUCACCUGCAGCCUCACUAUGAAGUAGACGCCCUGAAGCACCACAAGCUGUCUGAUCCUGAUAGAAAUCUGAAGGAGAAACUCUGUGAGAAACAUCAGAAAAGUCUGGAGAUAUUCUGUAAAACUGAUGAUUCCUGUAUCUGCAUGAUGUGUGUGGUGACUGGACAUAAAAAUCAUGAAGUGGUCGUGCUGGAGACGGAAAGAGAAGAAAAGCAGAAACAGCUGGGGGUGACACUGAGUGACAUCAAGAGGAAACUUGAGGAGAGAGAGAAGACAUUGAAGGAGACGAGGAGAGCGAUGGAUGAGAUGAAGAUGUCUGUGAUAAAAUAGGUGGAAGAAAAUGAGAAGAGCUUCACUGCUCGGAUACGGUGCAUUGAGGAAGCCCACAGGAAACUGACUGAG